AUGUACUUAUUUAAAUCGGAAUGUUAUAAAAAGUCAUUAACGUUAUUUUUGAUGUGCCAAGCUUAUUAUUUCCCUUCUUUGGCACGUUAUGAGCAGAUGCUACCAGUAGAUGGUGAUAUAAUAUUUGCCGUGUUUGGCAACGUUUGGGUUUCGUUUUGCCAAAACACAAAUGUUGGGAAUUCAGGAGACUUGAAGUUAAAAGUAACUUCACUUUCGAUUGAAACUUUUAAGGAGUCAAGAAUCCACGUUGAGAAAAAUAACCAUACCCUACAAGUUCAAGGGGUCGAUUAUAACAAUAGUUUUGAAAUAAAAAUAGAAUACACGAUAGAGUCAGAAGCCACACAAGGUCGAAGCAGGAGGAACAGAUUGGUUUCUGUCAACGAGAAUAAAAACGAACUCAUCGAUCUCUUUGCUAAUACCAACACGACAUUUCAACAAAUAUUUGAUUGGAUACAUGUAGAACGCUCCGACUCCGACGAUGCUUACCAGUUGGAAGAAGAGCGAAUGGUAAAAUUUUUGCCGGUGAUCAAAACGCUGACUGUCGACCGACCCGAUCGACAGGUCGAAAUACUUUUCGGAUUGCAAGACCUGGCCGCCAGACUUUCUCAUCCUCCUUGUUUUAAUUUAUAUUUAAAUUCACAAUUCAAAUCGUAA